AGCCACAGCCCUUUAUUUCUCCCUGUCGAGCUGGAAGGUGGCAGAGCCCGUGGUGGAAAGGACAGCGAGGGAUAACCCCAGCCACCGAGCUCCUCCGUGGGGCAGGGAGAGGGGCUCGCACCCCUGCCCUGCUGCAGCUAUGGGGGGCCAGCUGCAUGCCUCCUGGAUCUUCCCCUUGGUUUUGGCUGGCCUGAUUCAGCCGAAUUGGGGGCAGGAGAAAGACAAGGAGACAGGCACUCCAUCAUGAGCGGCUGCCGUAAGCCUGACGACGCAGGCUCGCUCGCCGCAGCCCAGGCCCCUGACAAGGGCUGCUCCUCUCCUGGCCCAACAAGAUCAUGCAAUGGGUUUGCCUCCGUUUACUCACCCGGCUGUUUCCUGCCCAGGUCUGGGUGCCAUCAGCCUUCUCCCAGCCAGGUGAACUGCUACAGCAAUGUGGGUGGCACAGUCUAUGACUACGGGGCCCUCACCAUCGACGGGGAAGAGUACGUCCCCUUCAAGAGGUACGCGGGGAAGAUGAUCCUCUUCGUCAACGUGGCCACGUACUGAGGGCUCACCAUGCAGUACGUUGAACUGAAUGCACUACAAAGCGAACUGGGGCCCUACGGACUCGUCAUCCUGGGCUUCCCCUCCAACCAGUUUGGGAAACAAGAACCCGGCCAGAACGCCGAGAUCCUUCCUGCCCUGAAAUACGUCCGCCCGGGGGGAGGCUUCGCCCCCAAUUUCCAGCUCUUCCAGAAGGGUGACGUGAACGGGGAGAAGGAACAGAAGGUCUACACCUUCCUCAAGAACUCCUGCCCUCCCGUGGUGGAAAACUUUGGAGACCCCAAGAAGCUUUUCUGGGAGCCCCUGAAGAUCCACGACAUCAAGUGGAACUUCGAGAAGUUCCUGGUGGGGCCGGAUGGGGUGCCGGUGAUGCGGUGGUACCACCGCGCCAACAUCGCCACGGUGAAGAACGACAUCAUGGAGUACAUGAAGGCCCAGCACCCACUCUAGGAAGCCUGCGGGCACUUGAGAGACGGGGCGGGGUGGGCCACUGUGCUUUAUCCAGAGCCGAAUCUCCCCAGGCUGUGCUCCCCGGCACCUGGAGCCCCCAGGAAUAUCCUUUUUCAGAUGCUUUCUUUGCCAGGGAAGGGGCUGGCAGGGCACCUAUCGACACAGCCCAGCCUGUCACGCUGCUCGGUGUGGACCGGCCCGGGCUACAGCUCCCACGACCAGUUCAGAACAGCCCUGCGCUUCCCACGACUCCAUAUUCAUUGCAGGUGCUCACUUGAGGUGGCAUCUUGUCCCCCCCUGCUGCAGCCACCAGCCCCGUGCCCCCCUCUGCUGCCCUCUCCAGUCACCCCGUUCAUCCCUUGUCCUCUCUGCAUUAUGGGUGCAUACCCCGGGACUUGUUCCCAUCUUGAGAUCCCCUCCACUAUGCCCUGUGUCACUAUUUAUUUGCAAGGACCCCCCCAAAAGGAUGACUCCCCUUUCCCCAUCUACUCUGCCAGCCUCAAUGAUAGAGCUGGCUGUUGCUGUCAGCUGGUGGCUGUGUCCUCAGUAGGGGGACAGGACCAUGCUUCAGGGCUUCUUGGAUAAGGUGCAUCGGCCCGUCCUACCCCACCCCACCCCUGCAGUGAAGCCCCCUUUAGCCUUAGGACGUGCCCGCUGGACUCUCCUCCUGCCCACCUCGGCUCGCUAGGAUGCGGGGUCUCUGCCCGUGCCAGCUUAGCGUCCUCUCCCCUGUGAGCGAGAGCUGGGCUGGGCUCUGGGAGCCUGGAGGCCGCAUCGCUGUGAAGGGCAGGCCUGAAGCCCCCCCAGGGCGGGCCUGCCCUGAGCUGCCGGGUGCAGCACAGCUCUUCUAGUGCAUUCAAGCUGUGCUGCGGUCCCUGCAGAGAUGCGCGUCUCCCCUCUUCUCUGGGAGCCUGGCCCCCACCCUCGCCUAGACCCGCAGCUGUAGACAUGCACAAUAAAGACUGCAAACACA